AUGCCAAGGGCCCGGGCUCGCAGGACCCUGGCCCUAGCCGCGAAGCCAGAGCGAAGUCGGACCUGGAGGCCGAGGCGCAGCAACUUCUGCUUCCCAGAAGAGCGGCACACCGCUUGGAUCGGCUCCUUGUCUUCACCUGCCACGAGCGCCACGAGCCUACCUCACACAACGCCGACUUUGUUUGCUCGGAGCUAUCAUUGCGCCGUGCCCUGGCAGGAUGUGCAGUGUGGAGAGGUUGACAAAGUCCCAUGCAGUGCAAAGCUGGGUGCAGCAGCGCUUCCAGGCACGAAUCGAGCUUUCGAUAAAUCUCGGCUGAUUGUCAGCUGUGCUCCUGCCGCAGUUGCUGGAUGUCAUGGUCGGAGCCCCACCGAAGCACAGCUUGCCAGAGGAGCCAUGCUCCCUCAUGCGAUGGGGUCGCAAGAGCUCCGAAAGCUGGGAGAGGCACUGCUGACAGCUGCAACGCCGGAGCUCGGGCCUUUGCUGGUGACCUGGACCACCGGUGAAAGGAGCUUCGUGCAGCAGGCCCUCAAUCUUGGCUUGUCCAUUCGACGCAAUGUGCCACAUCUGGAGAAGAGGUUUGUUGUCGUGUCGAUGGAUGGACAGGCAUACAACGAAAUGAGAGACUUUGGGUUCCAGUCCGUGCUGCACCGGAAAGAAGCCGACGAUCUGUCAGACCUGAUCUGGAAGUUUCGCUGGCAUCUUCUGCUGGUAGCCGUCAGGUAUGGGCUGCGCCUGGCAGUAGUCGACUCUGAUGUUGUCGCAUUCCGAGAUCCUUUUCCUUUACUUGGCCAUGAUGCUGACUUGGAGAUUGCCACGGAGCAUUUCUGGCCGGAAAAGCAUUUGUGGAAAGGCUGGGUACGGCCGGAGGAUGACCUGAGCACCGGCUUCAUUUUCGUUCGCCCAUCGCCGACUCUGGACACCUUUCUGGAUGCCUUCCUUGCAGCAAAUGCAAAUGAAUCGCUGCCUGGCGGACUUCUGCGAGACCCCUUCGAUCAACGUGUGUUUAACAAGUUUGUGAGGGGCGUCGCUGCUCGGUGCAGUCCGUGUGUUCAAGGGCUCUUCAACGACAUGGUUCUGCAAGUGUCGCCAGGUGUACCGGGACGAACCUCUACAGAUCAAUUACGUUUGCGAGUUCUUGAUCCUCGGGAGGUCGUGGCCAAUGGAGUGAAUUUCUUUUGGCGGAAAGCCCAUCUUCAAGGCGAAAAGCCGACGGUGCCGGCUCUUGCUCAUGCCAACGGAGUCGGGCCGAAAGAGUACUUUCUCCAAGACCGGGGUGCCUGGUUUUUGGAUGACCUCAAAGAGCGCUUUGGCCCCACGCCCCGCUUCUUCUUUUACCGGCAUCCGUCGAAUCUCUCCUUGAAGGAGGACUUCGCACAUUUGGCUGGGGCUUUGGAAGUUGCACGGACUCUGGGCCGUCGUCUUAUCCUCCCAAACAACAUGAACUGCCAGAAUUGUCCAGCUUUUGAGGCAUAUGGCUUGAACGUCAGCCUUGGUGGCACAUGCACUGUGGACUACUUUGCAUAUAUGUUCCGCUUCUACCACGUGCAUUCAUCGGAGGUGGUGCCUGCUGGCACAGGUGUUGAUCCAGCAUUUGAAGCGUUGUGGGGCAAGCCGGUGAAGCUCGCAGCUGACCCCGUAGAUGUGGCACGAACGAGCACGCGCACGGAGUAUCCAGUGGUCUAUUUUCCGGGAGAUAUACGUGAACUCCGCGACGCUCUUCAGGCCAAAGGCACACUGCGAAGGAAUGACUGCAGUUAUCAUGAAUGGCCUCAUCGGUUCAUGGCUUGCCGUGACGAGGCCUUUGUACGGCAUUAUGGGGUACCCUGCCAGCCGUCAGCUGGCCAAUCUGGAUGCGGCGCAGAGGGAUUCGUGUGCUGCUGGUCGCAUCACGGUCGCGCUGAUCGCUUGGAGUACUACACCGGCGUACCCUGGGACUUGCCGUGCGACUGUGGGCUAACCUGUCCAGGCGUGCCCUCCUCCAAUCCUGGAGUCCGCUGUUGCGGCAAUGGUUCGGCUCAGUGCACAUGGGCUGCUGAAGCCAAUCUGGUGCCACCUGCACCGGCGAAUCCUGACAAGGACCUUCCGUUCGCAUCAUCGUCGGUGCUGGAGUCGUUUGUGGUGGGGGACCUUUCUGCUGAGCAGGUCUGGAGCACGUGCUUGGCUCACCGCAGUGUGUACUUCAUCAUUCGUGAGCCUCUAGAUGGGGUGCCGGAAGCAGACUGCAACGCCUUGGUCAGUGCUUAUGUCAUUGGUCGACGAGAGUGGGAGGCCGCGAGGCGAUGGUGGCGAUUCUCUCUGAAUCUUCGACGAAGUGGCAAAUCACUCUCUGUUUCUGUGGCGAGCGGUGAACCUGACCAGCUCAUCCUACACCUCGGCAAAGUCAAACAUGACGAAGAUCAGCUUGGAUUUCUCGCUCAGAACAUCCCCGAGCUAAGCAAGCAUCUGGAGAAAACAGCUGUGCUGCGGCGCGAGCUGGGUCGAUAUCUGGCAGGUGCCCGUGAUCGAACUGCCCUGGUGCAUGCUGCCAUGGCUGCGGCAGACACGACAAACUGUGCUCUUCACGUUCCAGACGGCUUCCAAUUGAGUCCGGAGCAUACAGAGCAGAUGAAAAGGAUGCUGGCGGUGGCGGCCAGGCAGUUUUACCAAAGCCCGGCGCCAUCAGCAGUGACCCAACCGGCAGUGCACAGCAACCUUGUGCCCUCUGAGGUGCUUGUCAGCAUCUCCGGUUUGCUUCGUGCCUCCACGGUGUGGUACCUCACGCUUGGAGGAGGCAUAGCCUUGGAAGCACAACUCCGUGACGGCCUGCAUGCAGCGCCUUUCUUGGAACUCGGCCUGCUCGUUUCGGAAGCGCUCGGAGGCUUGGCACUCACGGACAUCAGGGCGAGGACCUACGUCGAUGCGAAGCCAUUCUCGAACCUGGGGCUUGAAUGCUUUGCAGCUGAUGUUGCCGCCGUGCUGCUGCUUGGCCCUGGUAACUUGACGUUACGAUCGGUGUUCCACGACAGCUUUCCGCUCUGUGAUGUUUCUGAACAUCGCAACGUAACUUCCCUGCCUCACGUGGACCGGGCACGGUGGUCCAUGCGAGAUUCAGGAGUGGAAGCAGGUGGUCUGGCUUUGGUACGUGCGGGCCAGUGGUGCGAACUUUUGAUUCAUCCAGUGCUGCGAAGGAAAACCUUCUUGCACGAGCAUGAUCCCCACAUCUUCAAGUACGUGACCCGGGAGAAGCCAGACAAAGCUCUCAUGGACGAGCUGGCCAAGGUCCGGGGCGAUCUUCGGAAGAUUCAGGACGAGCUCCACACUUCCCAGAUCGAGUGCAAGCGAUUGGCAGCGUCGGAGAAGUUGGCUCGGGAACAAUUGGAAACGACAGAGGAGUUGAGGAGCAAGGCUGCACGACAGGGCUCGACGGCGGAAGACGAGAUCCGAACGCUGCGUCAGGCCUUGGAGGAGAAGGAAGCGAGACUGAAGGAGCUCGAGGAGUCGACGCAGAGGGGAGCGCAGUCGGCCGCGGAGCUAAAGCAGCGUGCCUUGGAGCUGACAGAGGCAGAAAAGAGAAUCAAGGAGUUGACCGCUGAUGUUUCCCAAACGAAGGAGGAGCUGGCAGCAGCACAUGCACAGAUCAAGGGCUUGCAAGACAAGCUGGAAGAGGCCGUGAACUCUGUAGUCGGGGGCCUAGGUCGCAGCGACGAGAACUCAGAAGCAAAGGAAAUCAUCUGCGGAGAUGGCGCUCAGUGCAGAUCUUCCCAGGCCCAGAAAGAGGCAUCAAAGACAAAGGUCGUUGACCCGGCCAUGGAUGAGAACCUGCGAAAGGCAUGUCCGGACCAAGCCCAUGUCGUAGACACCCCCUUCACCUGCGGGCCUUAUGCCGCCGUUGGAGAAACUCCCGAGUCAGAUGAGGACUUGCGCCUUACUGCAGAUCUUGACUCGCUCGCGCAACUGGGUACUGAAGAUGAGCCAUCUCAACCAGGAGCUCUCGCUCUGAAGACCAUGAAGCUGCUUUGCACGAUUCUUGGCCUCGGCGCUGUUCUCCUCGUGUGCCUUGUAACGCUGGGGGCUGCCAGGACCAGCUGGAGGCCUUUGUUGCCUCGGAGCGAACCCUUAAAGCACCAGGAUUGGCAAGGCAACGAUGUGAAGGAUUCUUGGGACCAUUUCACCAUGCCAACAUGUGACAGCGGACCAAAGCCUGGUACCUUGAUCAAGGCAUCGGCGGCGGCGGCGGCGCAAAUGCGAGAAGGAGGUCAGCAUCGAAAGCUACGUGCAUCCAACAAAACGGAGCAUUGGGUCUUGGCGAAGCGAACGCCAGCACAAAAGGAGUGCGCAGAGCACAAGCGUGUCGCCAACGAGUACCAUCAGCGAUUGAUCAGCGAUCAUUGGGCUUUUGUAAAGCGCCGCGACCAGAUCCGAGAGCUUCACAUCUGGCAGGGCCAGCACGCUUGCAAGGCACAGCUUGUGAACACUGAUUUCGACAGCCGGAUCUCUUGGCAGGAUCCCAAUGGCAGAGAGUCACCCGCACACUGCCAGAGGGUCUGUACUUGGAAUCCCGGCUGCCAUGGCUUUGCUUGGAGCAGCUGGGGAUGCUUCUUGAAGCGGCAUGAGCUCGUAAAGAAGCCGCAGGCAGGUGUCUAUGCAGGCUUCCCUUGUAGAGCAGAGGAGCAGCCAUACCCAUGGCCUCAUCAAGAAGUUGAGAAGCACACAAUGCCACAACCCAAGGCACUGCAGGUGGCCCCGGCAUUGUCAAUGUACUGCACCAUGGUGAUUUUGCCGUACUCCUACGAGAUUGAUCUGGUCCUCAUGCAGUACCAGAACUACUACAGCAUUUUUCAAUGUGAUCUUUGGGGAGUGUACAGUAGCCAGCGCUUGGAUCUGGCGCCAGGGCUGGUGACGAGGAUCAUGAACACGUCGCAGGUCGCAGAGAAAGGUGGCCAGUGGGGCACCGCGCUGAACACUGAGCCGUUCCUUGCAUUCUGGAAGGCAGUGAUUCAAGACGGCGAUUACCUGAAGGCGAGAUGGUUCAUCAAAGUCGAUCCAGACACGGCGUGGUUUCCAGCUCGGCUCAUUCCGAUUCUGCAGCAACAAGAGGCGCAGAACCUGACCCAGGAGCCUGGAGUCUAUCUCAAUAAUUGUCCCCAGGGCCUACACGGACCCAUUGAGGUGCUGUCACAGGCAGCACUGAGUACCUUUGCAAAAAUUGCCACCCACUGCUACUGGUCAAUGAACGAUUGGGGGAAUUGGCAAUGGGGAGAGGACAUGUGGCUCGACCAGUGCUUCAUGAACAUUGGCCACGUGAAGCGAGUGUUUGUGCAAAACCUCCUCGUCGAGGAGAACUGUGCAAAGUGGCCGGGCUGGCAAUCUUGCCCCUCGCAGGGCAUAGUUGCGUACCAUCCCUUUAAGCAGGCUCCAUCAUACAUCGCCUGCACAGCCACUGGCAUUACCACUUCGACCACGAUGAGCACGACCACGAUGACGCUUACGACCAUGACGAGCACAACCAUUACGCACACUGCUGGCCCCAAUCCGGUCCAGAAUGUCGAGCACUGGCUUGCUGGACUCUUCCAUUGA